UCGGAGAUCGAUAUGGUAGGCGGUGCACCUUCCCUUGUAGUUCGUACUCCGACCCUCAGACUCCUCCAAAUGCUCCGCCAAUGAAUCGAUCCAUCAAUUCAUCCCCCACAUCCCUAAUCUCGGUGGAAGAGCCGAACCCCGCCCCCCUUUUCCGUCCCCUCACCGAUCGAUUCCGGAGCUAGGGAUCGUCGAUCUCAUCAGCCGCUGCCGGUGCUAACCGAUUGUUCGACAAGCAUCAGAUCAUGGGGAGAGGGAAGAUAGUGAUCCAGAGGAUCGACAACACGACCAGCCGACAGGUGACGUUUUCGAAAAGGAGGAACGGAUUGCUUAAGAAGGCCAAGGAGCUCGCCAUCCUCUGCGAUGCGGAGGUUGGCGUCGUCGUCUUCUCCAGCACCGGUAGGCUCUACGAGUUCUCCAACACCAGCAUGAAGUCUGUCAUCGAGCGAUACACUAAAUCAAAGGAGGAACAGCAUCUAAUUACGUCUCCAGCUUCAGAAAUGAAGGUCUGGCAAAAGAAAGCAGCCAGCUUGAGGCAGCAAUUGCAUAACUUGCAAGAAAAUCAUAGGCAGCUGAUGGGGCAGGAGCUGUCUGGCUUAAGUGCCAAAGAUCUACAGAAUCUGGAGACCCAACUAGAAACAAGCGUGCAUAGAGUCAGAAUGAAAAAGGAACACCUUUUGAUAGAAGAAAUUCAAGAAUUGGAUCGCAAGGGAAAGCUUCUUCAGCAGGAUAAUAUGGAACUAUACAAGAAGGUAAACUUUUAUCGCCAAGAAAAUAUUGAACUGCAAAAGAAGGUUAAUGCGACAUGGGGAAUGAAUGAUAUUGAUAGAAGUUCAACUAUUCCAUAUAAUUUCAACAUAACAGGUGAAGCAAACGUGCCCAUUCAUCUUCAAUUAUGCCAGCCACAGCCGGAAGCAGAUGAGAACCAAAGUAUAGGUCCUCCAAAUCUAAGCAGACUUCGACUGCACUAAAUGGAUGGGUUAACGAGCAAACAAGGCAUAGCUAGAUUUUACGUGGAUCAUCUCUAAUGCAACAAUGCAUAGAAGCAUCUGUACUUUCCACUUGAUAAGGUGUAUGAUUGUGCUAGUUAUUAAAACCUAAGACCAUUGGAACAGCAUGCUGAUUGUGUAAUGUAGUGAUUAUCGUGCUAAAUUGAGAAUUUGUAACUCAAUUAGUUAUGCCCA